AUGUCACCUUCUUCCCAAACUUUCAACAACCUCUACCUGAUUGUCUCGCACGGAUUCUGCUCGGCGCGAGGGUACCAUGGCAACGACGAUAAACAGCUUCUCGCAGUCAUCAACCAGUCCCUCCGCUUCGACAACUGGGCCAGAGUCGCUCUAUUCGCUUCAGACGAGACUGGCAAUGUGCAUUUGUGCCCAACACUCUGCAACGAUGUUGAUGCGCGCGAGGACAUUCGGCGUGUUAUGGAUCGGCUCGGCAACGAGAUGAAUAAGUAUGGAGAGACAUUGAUGCAAAUGCGUGCGGCGGCGCAAAGAGCGGAUCUAGAACGUCAAGAGCAAGAGCACCGGCGGCGAGAGCAGCAGCAUCAGGGACAGCAGCAGCGCUCGGUGCUGUCAGGACCGAACGCGCAGAACGGGCAGGAUGCACAGUCGGGGGAGAAUGAAGCGCCAGGACAGACAGGAGAAUCAGGAGAGAACGGUCAGGCCGGCCAAAUGAGUCAGGCCCCUCAAGCGAGUCAGGACGGUCAGAAUGAUGAGGUCGAGCAAGCGGAACAGGCCGGACAAGACGCAGCGCAAGGGCAGGGCGAGGAACCGCAAGGACGAAGGCAGACACUCCGUCACCGGAUUAGACGGGUUCGGUGGGCAUCCCCGCUCAGCUGGGGCUCCCGGACACCGCCGCCGACGCCGCAAGACGUGCGAGACCAGCGCAGUAGCCAGCGGGAUAGCCAGCACCUACGGGAGAAUGGCGAGGAGCAGGUGGCGGCGAGUACGCGCACGAGUGCCGGUGCGAGGGCCAGUACGACUGGAACCCCAGACACGGCAACCCUCCAAGCAGUGAGCGAGGAGGAAGGUGCUCUGUAUCGUGCUAUUGAACGAGCGCUUGACGAACUAUACGAUAUCUGCCCGGUUGGCCCACUGCUACAUGACGACGAUGGUGACGUGCCCAUGCAGGACGGGAAUGCCGUCAAUGGCAACGCUGGCAUGAAUGGUGAUGAGUCUAUAGGUGACUGUGUCGGGAAUGGAGAGUUAUAG